AUGCCCGCCGACAGUGCGAAGGCCGAGUUCAGAGGUCCUGCGGACUUGUGUCGGAAGAAGCCCUUCCAGACCCCUUCGAGUAGUACAAGCCACAUUCCUGCCUGCCUAGUGACCGAACGAAGCGAGCGGACGAACAGUGAAACCAGCGUGGUUCCGAUAGGAGGCAACUCAUGCGUUGCCAAUACAUAUCAACCGAAGAUCUGGGUCGGAUGCCAAAAGGAAAAAGACACCGAAAUCGGAAGAAUUCGCGGCGUGGGUAUCGCGAUCAAAGCGUUGAAUCCAAGGGGCUUGGCCGUGCAAGCAAAGAUGUCAUGCUUCUCCCUUUCCCUCAAAAUGUGCGCGCCAGCCAGAAUGGCCAUUUCUUACGCAUGGAAUAACAUCCAGCAAAGUCUGUAUUGCCACUGCCUUGCCUACCUGCCCACAGUCGAUGGUUGUCGUAGAAGUACAACUACGGGAACCAAGAACCGACCUGGUGCGCAAUGCGUUGCCUAG